AACCUAGCCAGCUCGUCUUAAUAACCCAAUGAAAACCUUCAUCAUUUCAGUGUAGCGUUAACGUCACUAUGAUACAUCUAGCCAGCUGCAACGUUGCCCCUGCAUUGGCAAUCUGGUUAGGUAGCUAGAUAGGCUUAAAAUAGAGGAAGAAUCGCAGCUGCUUUCACAUUCAGAUGAUUAACUAUAAGAGUUAGCUGUUAUUCGUCUUCCAUAAUGUCUAUUUUAGUAGAUAUUUAAGUAUGCUAGAUUUGCGUGUUUGGCCAAGUUUAGUACGUGGAAAAAACUUGCUUAUUAUAAGCGACCUACUGAAUUAUCCGAUGCCAUCAAGUUCAAGAACAGAAACAGCAGGGGCAUGGCAGUGUACUUUGAUCACAGAAUUGAGGCCCCAGAGUCAAAUGGUCCCCCGUGUCAAAUCGCAUGGCACUCCACACAUCCCGUCUUAGCGGUGGCCUCAGCCAGUUCCACAGCUGGUGGCUGCGUCGAUCUUUACCUCCAGCAGGGAGAGCAUGUCGCCAGCUGCCACGCGGAGCGCUCCCUCCAGCCGUCGGUGCUGCGCUGGCACCCCAGCAGGUCGACGCUGGCCGUGGGCUGGGAGUCGGGGGAGGUGCUGCUGCUGACUCACCCCGCCGGGGAGCAGAGCAGCCUGCCGGCCACUCACAGCGCCUGCGUCACCCUGCUGGACUGGAGCAGCACCGGGAGCCGCCUCGUCACGGGAGACCAGAUGGGUGUUCUGGCGCUGUGGAAACUGGAUCCCCGCGGGAGGGUGCAGGGCUCUUGCAUUGUCAAACACGAGUACGGCAAAGCCCUCACCUACUCUGUGUUUCGACCCUUGCCCCCAGGAGAGGACGUGAUCCAGCUGGCCCGGGCAGCAGUGAGCGGAGACGAGAACGCGCUGGACAUGUUCAACUGGAGGAAGGCCGGCAAGGGGGCCUCUCUGAAGCUGGGCUCCCUGGAAGGCCUGACUUUCUUUGUCAGCACUGCUGAUGGACACGUGCACUGUGUGGAUGAGAAGGGCAAGAGUAGCCCCGUUUUGACUGUGGACAGCCCUGUGCAGAAGUUGCUGUACCUGGAGAAGCGAGACGUGCUGGCUGUGAUCACAGAAACCCUGAUGCUGUCGCAGUACAGCCUUGGGCCUGAGGGGGGAGCCCAGGAGCUCAUAAAGGUGAAGCUGAGCGGGAAGAGCGGGCAGUUAGCAGACAUUGCCUGGGCCAAUCACGGCCUCCUCAUCACUGCCACGGGGGAUCAGGUCAUCAGACUGUGGGACCUGGAGAGGGAUGACAACUACGCGCUGUCUCUGGAUGAGGGCCUGGGCUUCGAAAAGGGCGAGACGCUCAACUGCGUGUCGUACUGCGCGGCUAAAGACAUCAUCGCCGCAGGAACAGGCCGAGGCCGUAUCGCCAUGUGGCAGAGGGUGUCUUCCUUGAGCCUUGGGGAAGAGGCCCAGGGCCAGUGGAAACUCCAAACACCCACUGAGUUUGAAGGGAACAUCACCCAGCUGCAGUGGGGCUCCAGCCUGAACCUCUUGGCGGCCAACGGGGUGAGCACCGUGCUGAUCCUCUGCGAGCACGUCAUGUCCGCCCACUUCAGCCAGCAGGUGGCGGCGGUGCAGCUGACUCCCAGCCAGCUCAGCCUGCACAACUUCGGCUCGGGGAGCCAGCUCAGCCUGCGCUGCGACUCGCACGUCAAGGGCGUCUGUGUCACCAAGGACACCGUGGCCGUGUGGAACGGGAAGCAGGUGACCGUCUACGAAUUGUCAGGAACGGCGCUGCGCAGCGCAGGCUCUUUCCCGUGUGAAUCCCAAACCCUUGCCAUGUAUGAGGAAAAUAUCUAUACUGUAGAGCCCAACAGGGUGCAGGUCCGCACCCUACAGGGCACAGUGAAACAGCUCCUGGUGUUCUCUGAAGUGGAGGGGAACCCGGUUCUCUUGAGCGUGUGUGGGUCCUUCCUGGCAGUGGGCACGGACACCGCACACUUCAAACUCUUUGACUUAUCCCGCAGGGAGGCCAAGCCGCACUGCAGCGCUAAGAACCUGAGCGAGGUGGCGUCGAACGUGGGAGCCCUGCUGUCAGUCAAGUGCAACGCCAACGGCAGUCAAGUCAGCAUCCUGGUCGCUCAGGUGAGCGGGAGGCCUGACCACAAGGUCUACUUCUACGACGUGGAGAUGGACACGGUGUCGCACUUUGACUUCUUCACUGGCCGACCACCGAGCGGGGUAUCGCAAGCAGAGGACCCGGAGAGUGGCCCGUCCCAGAAUGCCGAGCUGCGCGGCCGCUGCCCCAUCUCCCAGUUCUGGGACGAGAGCGAGCCGCGGCUGUUCGCCUGCGAGACGGUGCGGACGGCGGACCCCCGCCGCUCCUCCCUGCCUGACGGCCUGGGGGAGGUGGAAGUGCUGGUGGUGUCCUUCUUCUGCACCCAGGAGCACGGGCUGCUGCUGCAGGACUCCUACCUGAAGCCGGCGGGAAUGCAGGCCCUGCUGGCGCUCGACGUGCCUUUCUAUUACUUCUCCUGCAAGCUGCGGUUUCGGAGGGGCUCUGUCUUCCUCCCGGUUCCUGGAGAAGGAGAAGCGGACAGCGAGGAGCCUCCUGGCCCCGCCCCUGCCCCGGCCCCGCAGUCCUCUGCUCCCCCCGGCCCGCAGGCCUCAGGCCCCCCCAUGGUGUCUCGCAGAGCGUUCCGAGACUUCGUGGGCCUGGAGGAAUGCGACAAGCCCACCCGCGACGCCAUGCUCAACUUCAGCUUCUACCUGACCAUCGGAGACAUGGACGAGGCCUUCAAGUCCAUCAAGCUCAUAAAGAGUGAGGCAGUGUGGGAGAACAUGGCGCGGAUGUGCGUGAAGAGCCGGCGGCUGGACGUGGCGCGGGUCUGCCUGGGGAACAUGGGCCACGCCCGGGGCGCCCGCGCCCUGCGGGAGGCCGAGGUGGAGCCCGAGCUGGAGGCCAGGGUGGCGGUGCUGGCCACGCAGCUGGGCAUGCUGGAGGACGCAGAGAGACUGUACAAGAGCUGCCGGCGCUACGACCUCCUCAACAAGCUGUACCAGGCCUCGGGCCAGUGGCAGCGCGCCGUGGAGACGGCCGAGACCCACGACCGCGUGCACCUGCGCACCACCUACUACGGCUACGCCAAGCACCUGGAGGCCACGGGGGACCGCAACAUGGCGCUCGUGUACUACGAGAAGUCCGACACCUACCGGUUCGAGGUUCCCAGGAUGCUCUUGGAGGACGUGCUGUCUCUGGAGAUCUACGUGAACAAAAUGAAGGACAAGAGCCUGUAUAAGUGGUGGGCUCAGUACCUGGAGAGCCAGUCAGACAUGGAGUCGGCGCUGCGCUACUACGAGUACGCGCAGGACUUCCUGUCCCUGGUGCGGGUGCACUGCUACCUGGGAAACAUACAGAAGGCGGCGGAGAUCGCCAACGAGACGGGGAACCGCGCCGCCUCGUACCACCUGGCGCGCCAGUACGAGAGCCAGGAGGAGAUCAAGCAGUCGGUGCACUUCUACACGCGGGCCCAGGCCUACAACAACGCCAUCCGCCUCUGCAAGGAGAACGGCCUGGAUGACCAGCUGAUGAACCUGGCUCUGCUCAGCAACCCAGAGGACAUGAUGGAGGCCGCUUGCUACUAUGAGGAGAAGGGGACUCACAUGGACCGGGCCGUUAUGCUCUACCACAAGGCGGGCCACUUCUCCAAGGCCCUGGAGCUGGCCUUCUCCACCCAGCAGUUUGCAGCGCUGCAGCUGAUCGCCGAGGACCUGGACGAGAGCUCGGACCCGGCCCUGCUCGCCCGCUGCUCCGACUUCUUCAUCAAGCACUCCCAGUACCAGAAGGCCGUCGAGAUGCUGGUGGCGGCCAAGAAGUACCACGAGGCCCUGCAGCUGUGCCUGGACCAGAGCCUGACCAUCACAGAGGAGCUGGCGGAGAGCAUGACCGUGUCGCGGGACUCCAAGGACCUGCCGGAGGACGCCCGCAAGGAGCUGCUGGAGAAGAUCGCCGACUGCUGCAUGCGCCAGGGGAACUACCACUUAGCCACCAAGAAGUACACGCAGGCCGGCAGCAAGCUCAAGGCCAUGAGGGCGCUCCUGAAGUCCGGAGACACGGAGAAGAUCGUCUUCUUCGCGGGGGUUUCCCGCCAGAAGGAGAUCUACAUCAUGGCUGCCAACUACCUGCAGUCGCUGGACUGGCGCAAGGACCCCGAGAUCAUGAAGAACAUCAUCGGCUUCUACACCAAAGGGAGGGCCCUCGACCUGCUGGCCGGCUUCUACGAGGCCUGCGCCCAGGUGGAGAUCGAUGACUACCAGAACUACGAGAAGGCCCUGGGGGCGCUGACGGAGGCCUACAAGUGCCUGGCCAAAGCCAAAAUGCGCAGCGCGGAGGAGCAGGAGGGCAGGCUGGCCGAGCUGCAGCACAGGAUCACCCUGGUGAAGAGGUUCGUCCAGGCACGCAGGGUGUAUGAGGAGGACCCAGGGGAGGCUGUGCGCUUGUGUGACACGCUGCUAGAGGAGGCGGAUCUGGACCCUGCCGUCCGUAUCGGAGACGCUUACGGCUUCCUGGUGGAGCACCACUGCCAGCAGGGCAGCUACCAGGUGGCCCACCGCAAGCUGGAGGAGAUGCUGAAGCGGCUGCCCUCCGUCAACGUCAGCUACUACGUGAGCCAGCGCAGCCUGGAGGCCCUGCAGCUCGCCAUGGGCGUGGCCCUGGGUGGGACUCGGGGGCCGCCGGGGGGGCGCAGCGACCGCAGGGACAGCGGCGGGGAGGAGGACGAGGUGGAAGAGGACGAAGCUUUGGAGGCCCAUCAGGGGGACUGAGCCUCCUCGGGCUCGCCUCCUCUUCCUCCUCUCCCAGCCUCAGCUGGGGAGGCCUCCACAGGGCAGCUUGCGCAAGCUGCACAGGGGCCCCCUGCCUUACCAAGGUGCCAUCUGUGAUGAAGGGGAGGUCCUCACGCUGAGGGUGAGGCUCCUAGUCCUACCAGACCCCUGGACAGUUGUGUCCCGCAGCCACCCUUGGGAGAGGGGGAGAGAGACCACGUGAGCACCACCUCUCUAUACGUGGAACAGGACCCAGAGCAGUACACCGCUUUGACUGGGAGCAUUAUGCCAACACCAAUCCAUCAAGAGAAAUGCACAGGAGAACCAGAGCGCCUCCGUUUUCUUCCACCCAGCCUCCCUUAAUCUGUCUUUUAUAUUCAGCUCUCUCUGAAGGGAUCUUUACUGUUUGCAUGCCUUAUCCCUCAGUCGUUUGCUAAUGAGACUGGCUCUGGGUUCUUUAGAUAAGACGAACAUCUAAAUAUUUAUUUUACUAUACGUAUAUUACAUCCUAUACUUUCCCUGUAUGUUGCAUUGGACAAAUCAAAUGUAAAAUUACCCUCGACCUUAUCGAACCACAACAAAGGAAAAUAAUUGACUUGACUUUCAACUUAAUUUUGAAGGGAAAUUCCACUGGAACUAAUCAUGAACUUAAAAUACAGAGAAUGCUAAAUUUGGUUCUUGUUUAAAAUUGCUUACUUUCUCAUUUGUGUUUAAAAAGGCUGAGGCCUUUGUUUAAAUACUCAGUGGAGAUGCACUAUGGGAUAUCAGGCUUUCUCUCCAAAGUGUCCAUUUUUGAAAGGGCUGCCAACUGUUCUCAUUUCCCAUGGGUGUCAACAAUCCAGGGGUACCAGCACUCCCAUCAUGCAUUGCUCCUUUGAGUUUGCAAAGGUCACAGCCUUGAUGAAAAUAAGUUUAAAAAAGCAAGCAAUUUUGAAACAUCAAUUCAAACCAUAAAUUCUUAAUUCUUUUUUUUCCUUUUCCCUUUAAAUGUUUGCAUGUCUGUCUCAAAAGCAUUUUUACCUUUCUUGCACCGGUCUACUGUUUGUCUUUUCCAAAAUGGCUUUAAUUAAUGAAUCCUUUACGAAUCUUGCCAUUUCUAGGGCCUGGGUAUUGAUCCGUCUUUUUGGGAGGCACCUGCAUUGGAGUAAGUAUAAGAUUCAAGAGCCAAUGUUUCUCCCGAGCAUGUACAUUGAUACUUGUUCUUCUCCUUAAUUAACCCUCCAAGAGAUCUCAGGGAAUCCACAAGGUCUAUAUACCAAGGUCCCCUUCAAAUCAUCGCUGAUGCAGAAAAACCUUGAUUUUUAAUUCACUACACAUAAACUAUGUACUCAAAUAUGAAUAUAUAAAGUACAGUGUGUCAGAUGUUUACACAGUUUCAAAUUGUGUGCAUUGUGUGUUCAUUCUUCUUUUUAUACAUGUGCAGCAAUGUGUCUGCAUUCUGGAAAUGUAGAGAUAUUUUUAAAGUACGUACUGUACAGUAUUCAAUUUUUUCAAUAAAAGUUUUUCUUCGGUU